CACUCACCUCACCUGUGCAGUGUUGUCGUCGCACCCAGAGCGAGGUAAAGCUGGGGAGCGUUCUCACCCAGUGUGUGUGUGACUUACGCAGUAUGAACAAGCGUAGAAGAAGCAGGGCUGUAGCCUCUUGUGCGUCGUAGUGCUUCACAAUAAAUAUAAAAAGGCCAAUAGUGGCGUGGAUUUCUUUAAGGUAAAGUGACGUUUCUUGUAAGUUGAAAUCAUGAAGAUGGCCAGGCGAGGAGGUGCGGACGCAACACCUAUCUGCCGCUGCCGAGUGUUGUAUUUGGGCUCGUCCGUCCCUCAGGUCACCAAGGAUGGCCUGCAGGGUAUACAGGAGCCACUCAGGGAGCUAUAUCCUGCAGAAGGUGCGGUCAGUGCACGGGGUAUAGACUCCUGGCUCUCAGUGUGGUCCAAUGGUUUACUACUGGAAAAUGUGGACGAAAAUCAGAAAAAGGUGACACGUUUCUUCCCCAUUGAAUCACUUCACUACUGCGCCGCUGUCAGGUACGUGGUGGUCUCGGGGGGCGAGGGCGCUACAGUGCCAAGAUUUCUGCCAUUGGACUCGCCCUUCGCCAGGAACCCCAACAUCAACCACCCGCCGCUGUUCGCCUGCAUCAUGCGUCGCAUCACCGGCAUCAAGGUUCUCGAGUGUCACGCCUUCAUAUGUAAACGUGAGACCCCAGCAAAUGCCCUGGUGAGGUGUUGUUUCCAUGCAUAUGCUGAUUCCAUGUACGCCCGUAGUCUUGAGGGCGGCGGUAACAGUCAGUGCGGCUCCGUGUACGGCGGCCGUGCAACAGAGGAGCGCGCCAUUGAAAUAGAAGACUUCAGCAGUGCAGCGUCUGAAAUAAUCCCUGCGUCACUUGGUUCUUCACCAACUCAGGACGCACCCGCCUCGCCCUCCUCCCAUGGCUCACCGGGAGACGAAAUGUCAAUAUAUAAUGGCGACGAAAACCACAAGGUAUGGGCAGGAGCACCUAAAGGAGACCCAGAACUUAUCUAUUCCGACUACUCCUCGGGGACGCUACGGUCAGCGAGGUCUACAUCAUCGCUUUACGGAACUACUGGCGGGACUCGCCCCUCACGCCCCCGGCAGAUGAUUAUGCCCUCAGUCGCCCCGCCCCCUCCACUCGACAUCAUCGAAAAAGAUAAAAAAGGAAAAAAAGAUGCCAGAAAUAAGGCUCGCCGUGAGGAGGACGAGAUGAGUAGACUGACCAACGGUGGACCUCCUCGCCCCGCUAGUGUAGUUAACGGCGGUAUGAGGCACCAUAACGGUAGUCUCCCUCGCCACAUGAAUGGCCACUCCUCACCAACUAAGGGGAAGGGAAAGUUACGAAUUCUUGGCAGCAGCAGUUUGGUUGAGAGAAAGAGUAAGGGCAUGCGUGGCCCCCCACCCUUCAUAAUGGUGCAAGGGCCCCCGGGUCCUCAUAGCCACCAUGGUCCACCUCCCCCCCACGGUCACUCUGUACCACAUGGGCCCCCUGGUCCACAUGGUCACCCAGGUUCACAUGGACCUCCAGGCCCACAUGGGCCCCUUGGCCCACAUGGACACCCAGGCUCACAUGGGCCACCGGGUCCACAUGGACCCCCAGGCCCCCACGGGCCUCAUAUGGGACCCAUGCCUCCACCACAUAUGGUACCACUACAGGGUCCACCACCGCCACACAUGCUGCCCCCACCAGGGCCUCCACACGUUAUGCUACCCCCUCCUGGACCCAUGGGACCACAUGGGCCUCCGGGACCACAUCCAGGCCCCUAUGGCCCUCCGGGCCGUCGGCCUCCAUCAAGGGUACUUGAGGAGCCCAUCUACAUGCCGUCUACCCGACCCCUGAGCCCCACAGCGUCCUACCAGCCGGGACACUUCCCUCAUGAGCAGUACCUCAUGGAACAGUACGCCACUACUGGCCGGCCCAAGCAUAAGAAGAAGAAGAAAAGUGGCAACAAAAAGGAGUCAGACGAAGAUAUAUAUGGCAGAAAAGGCCAUCUCAACGAGAGGGCCUUCUCAUACAGCAUCCGAGAAGAGCACCGAUCACGCUCUUACGGGUCGCUGGCGGGUAUUGGCGAAGACUCUAUGAGCAAGAAGGACCGAGAGAUUCUACAGAUGGUGGCAGACCUGGAUCUUAGUGGGGACGAGCUGGAGAGGGUUGACCCUCGGCCCGGAGUGUACCGCCCCCCACACUCAGACCGACUCUCAGCCUCCGGCACCAUCACCUCCAGGCUCUCCCGCACCUCUAGACGAUAAACACCCAGGUGGAGGGCGCGGUGGCCUGCCUGCCUGCCACCUCCCGGACAGACGGCCUCACAACCCAAGUAUCUCCCUGCCUCUCCAGGAAAGGAUUAUCGUCUGCACUGCGUGCAUUAGUGCUCUCACAAUGCCAAUGUAUUAUUACUUUACAAGCGCCAUAUUGAGAUAGGUAAAGAUUCCUUGUGGAAUACAUAAUUAAGUUAAAUUGCGUUCAGGUCAAGUGUGUAGUGACCUAUUGUUGACUACAGUGUACUGUAAGAGUGGAAGAUGAGUGGCUACAGUGUGAACGUGUGGCUACAGUGAGUGGGGUAUUAAGAUACAGUGUGCAUGCUGGUGUAACUGCAAUACUCAGAAGAACGGGUGGGUGGUGCAGGGUGGAGCUACUUCCUGGCAGCCCUCCACCACCCACACUCAACCUUAUGUUUGAUUUUCACCAUUUUAUAUAGCGAAUAAGGGCAUAAAGAUGUGAGGUUAAUGAAUUAAAGAGGAGCAAACAAAAGGGCAGUGAUGGUUGAAACGAUGAGUGAGGCACUGGACAGCCAAACAGACACUACUGCAGGUGGAGCGUGUAGUAGACUAGCAGCUGCUCGACCUGGAGGAGGGGCGGGAGGGGGAACGCUCUAGUCUUGUGAGGGUCAGGGACGCUGUCGCAGCCUGGCACCAGCCCCCCACCCCACCAAACACACACCACCACCACACUACCACCCCACACCACAACUACCUCCUUACGCUCUUGUACAGCCUGUCACCAACCCACCUCCACUACUACUGCCUCAAUGACCCACACACCAUGUCCCUUCACCCCCAUUUUUCCGGAGUCUGGGUCACGCCCUGGUUAAGCAACGUAAUGCUGGCAUCAAUAUUCAUUCCCACGUAUUUACUGCCAAAGAAACAGUCACUGAUAUCAUUACACGUAGCCACUACGAACACUACAAACCACCACUAUCAUCACAAAAUAUCAUAUAUACUAUCAUUACUCGCCACCAUCGCUAACACCACCCAACUACCACCGCUUUAUAGUUAGUACUGUACAGAUACAUUAACUACCUACUGGCGCUCACGAGACGACAGUUAACUACCACUUGAACCUGACGACCCACGCCGGAAAAAAAAUAGAGUAUCUCCAGAAUGUGUUUAAUUUUGAAUGGGAAUGACAAUUAUCUCUAAUUAUUUGUAUUGUUUGUCCCAGGUAUUAAAACAAAUAAUCCAGAGAAAAUAUUUACAAUGUCUCAGUCCCUGGAGAAGGUGGUGCUCCGUCCUUGUGGAGACCAGCUGUCUCCUGCAGUUAUUUACAAGGAAGGGACGAAACGAGAGAAAGAAAAAAAACGGAAAAAGACAAAUAGACUGACAGAAAGAGUUGCUCAAGCAAAGUAAAACAAAAGUUGCCUGCCCUGUCCCUCUUAACAUGGAGGGAGAGAAACAGACACACGAAUUGAGAGAAUUGAAAUCAGGAGAACAGUUGUCGGUGUUGCCCCUCGUUCACUCGCCUCACUUAUCUUUACACCAUAUGUCUGAGAAACUGUAGAGUGGGUGCAAGUGUGUCGCCCUCCUCCACGCUCCUCCCUGGCUAGUUACCUGAUCAUCACCAGAGCACUGACACCCGUGUUCGACCUGCCAGGGGAUGUGAUCUAGGCUAACACGUAUGACAGAAAGUGCGAUGAGUGUGACUGUCAAGGGAUCAUACAUACUCUUGGGUAAGGAAGUAUUUGUGCCAUGAGAGUCAGACACCCUGUCCUGUAUGUAAUAAAACCCCUAAGUUUAAGUAUUUUAAACAGCCCCAUCCUGUGAGCUCUAUUAUUGUAGCAUUAUAAGAAUAACAGCAAUAGUAUUAAUAAUAAAUUAAUAAUAAUGAUAAUAUUAAUAUUAAUAAUAAUGGUUUGCUCAGAGAUUAGUUUGUUUACUUAAUGGCGUGGCAUUUGUUUAUACAAUAUUCACGACCCUGCUACAUGAUGACUGACAGACUCGUCUUAAAAAUUUCCCCAAGAAAUGGACGUUGUAUACUGGAUAUAUAACAUACCAGUGCAAUGAGCAUACUGUAUUUUAUUGUAUACAUGUACUUCAGGAUGUAGGACACUUCACAUUGUAUAUUUAUUGUCUUAGGUUUUGUUGUGCUUUAGUGAGAGGUUCCCUUCAUGGCAGUUAAGCAAGCGACACCUUGAUGUUACUAACCCCAAGUACUAUGGACGCUGACGCUAUAGUAUUUAUGGUACUAUUGAUGGUGGUACUGGUGUUUCUAGUACUAUUAACGCGGGUACUGGUGUUUCUAGUACUAUUGACGCUGGUACUGGUGUUUCCAAUACUAUAAGAGUGCAUGCUACAGUUUUAGGCACCAUAGAAGCUAGUGCUAGUAUUUCCAGUACUAAGGAAAUUGAUAUUAGUGUUUCUGGUAAUACAUAACUAGAGGCUCCUAUUUCUAGUUUUAUGGAAAUAGAUGCUAGUGUUUCUAGUACUAAGGACGCUGGUGCUAAUGCUUCUAGCACUGUUAACUAGGCCUGCCAGUUACAGACAGCGCCCAUAGUGGGGGACAUAAAGGGAAUGCUCUAGUAUGUGAAAACUGACGUUGUCAAACAUGCACAACGUGUACAUAAUACAAUUGAGCAAUGAAUUAUUCUUAAGGAUAUAUUAAUUUUUCUUUAUAUAUUAUUGACAUUUGUAUUUAAAACAAUCAGUCGAAGUCUCAUAUUAACCUCUGAGUGAUUUAGUCAGCGCUUGAGGGUCAGAUGAGUAUUAUCUAGAAAUCAUAGACGAAGGCAUGUAGGUCUAAUGUAUAGCUGACCUUCAAACGCAGACCCUCAGAUAAUGUUUUAGAAUUCGGACCUAGGGGGCAAGAGUACCCCGGGAAAGAGAAAUAAGAGAGAAUUGACACACUUAAAGAGGUCAUUCGCGAGUUCAAAGGAGUCAUGAUACUGUUCCUGGAGACGUUACUUGUGUGUCUACUGGGACCAAGAAUCACUAAGUGUCAUUCCAACUGGGAACCUCUAAAAUAAUGUAUCUAACAACUAUUCACUUGGGUUGGCGAGAUAUAUAUGCCGGUAUCUCCCGUGCCGUAGUGAGAUUCUGUACAAAGUAUCACCUAUAAGAUCCAUACACCAUUAACGUCUACAGAACAGAAAUAGGCUCCAAAAACAGAACGGUGGCAACUUCUAAAUACUCCAAGGACACCCUAACUUGUGAAUAAAUCACUUAUAAUGGCUAUACCGGAGCACUGUUACAUCUCAGCUGUACAUUGAAAGAUGCUUUUUACUGUUUGUCUUAUUUGUUAGCAGCUCAAACAAUGUACAUAUGCAUAUGGUUUAUACCUGAACUAACAAUGAUCAAUUACUGUAUGCUGGUGGACUCAGCACUGUUGCAAGGGUCUUGUGUAUAGCCCACUCUCUGUUGUAGGGAAUAAAUGUUGGACAAUUA